AGCAUUGCAAAUUUUAUUAGCAUUUGAAUAGUGCAUAUCUGUAGAUUGAUUCAUUAACUGUAAGUUUUAAGGAAUAAUGCGUGAUUGUUCUGUAUAUUUACAGGGCUGCGGAGAUUCUGGCUCCAUGAGCACAGGAGAUGAAUGUGCACAGAAGCAUGGAAAAGGCCAAGGCAAAGAAAAAGGGAAAUGUCAGCAAGGACAGCAAGGACAGCAAGGACAAGGUCAUGGUCAUGGGCACGAUCAUGGUCACAGUCAUGGAGGGGAUCAUGGGAAAAAGGGACCUGCAUGUGAGCAGCAAAAAGGAAAAAAGUGUUAAGGUCAUAACCUGAGACCAUGGUGGUCCAUGCAUGUCUUCAUGCUUUACAUAUUAAAAUUGGGUUUCAGCUCCAUAUUGUAUUCAAAUAAUGAAAUAAAUUAAAGCACUCUUAAA